GUCACGUGAGUUUCGGCUUGUGCCAUUUUUUUUUUUAGUCGCUGUUGUUGUCUUGUGUACUGUGCACUGUGCGUGUCAUCCCCAUCUAGUUAGAAAUACAAUCGCGAUGGAUUUUAACGUGAAGAAACUGGCUUCUGGCGCCGGGCUUUUCUUCACGCGGGCUGUCCAGUUCACAGAGGAGAAGCUGGGCCAGGCGGAGAAGACGGAGCUGGACGCGCACUUCGAGAACCUGCUGAGCCGCGCAGACUGCACCAAACACUGGACGGAGAAGAUCCACGGCCAGACCGAGGUCCUGCUGCAGCCCAACCCAAGUGCCAGAAUUGAGGAGUUUCUCUAUGAGAAGUUGGACAUGAAGGCACCGUCCAGAGUCACCAACGGAGAGCUGCUCGGUCAGUACAUGGAGGACGCGGCCAAGGAGUUCGGAACUGGAUCUCCAUACGGGAGCACCUUGAUUAAGGUGGGGGAAUGUGAGAAAAGACUAGGCGCCGCGGAGAGGGAGUUCAUCCAGACGUCAGCAAUCAGCUUCCUCAAUCCCCUCAGGAACUUUCUGGAAGGAGAUUGGCGGACCAUUUCGAAAGAGCGCCGUCUCCUGGAGAAUCUGCGACUGGACCUGGACGCCUGUAAAACCCGUCUGAAGAAGGCAAAAGUGGCCGAGGCCAAGGCUUCGGUGGCCCCAGAUUUUCAGGAAACCAGACCCCGCAAUUAUGUGCUCUCUGCCAGCGCCUCUGCGCUUUGGACUGAGGAGGUGGAGAAAGCCGAGCAGGAGCUCCGACUCGCCCAAACUGAGUUCGACCGGCAAAUGGAAGUCACAGGGCUGCUUUUGGAGGGCAUCAGUAGCACUCAUGUGAAUCACCUCCGGUGCCUGCAUGAGUUUGUGGAGGCCCAAGCGGCAUAUUACAAGCAAUGUCACUUCCACAUGCAGGAGCUGCAGAAAGAGCUGGGCAGGCUCCCCAAUGCCUUUUCCCUGAACUCUACCCACCCCAUGGGCCCUCCCUGCUCCGCAUCAGAUGGAAGCCCGGUGGAGACGGAUACCCUGAAGAUCGAAGAGGUCCAGGCCCCGGCUACUGGAACGCGAAAGGCCAAAGUUCUCUACGAUUACGACGCGGCCGACUCCAGCGAGCUUUCCCUUCUGGCUGACGAGCUAAUCACAGUGUACACCGUGCCGGGGAUGGACUCCGACUGGCUGAUCGGAGAGAGGGGGAACCUGAAAGGAAAAGUGCCGGUCACGUACCUGGAGCUCCUCAGCUAGAGGACGGCGCGGGUGCAUGAGCAUGAAACCAGCGCAGCCGGAGCCACGCCCAUCUUCCAUUCCGUGCCCCGCACUAACACGUAACCACUCCUCCACGAUGCGUGCACCUGCAAAAGUCCAGCCCGCACAUUUGAGUAGACCCUUCGGGAAAGCCACUCAAGCAUAGUCGCCUCAUAGAAACAGCAGUGAAAAUGGAACCAUUGUUACAAGUGCUGGAGAAUUCUCCAUUUCUUUUUCCAUAGCUUUGUUCAGUUGAUAUUAUUACUAUUAUUACCAUAAUCUUAUGAUUUAUUUAUAUUUAUCGGGGUACAUCCCACAAGUUUCAUCUAAAUACACAGAUUAAUUCAUCUUUUUUUUCCCAGUGUCUUAUUGUUAUUGUUUAAAUUUUUUCUCUGUAAAGUUUCCCCUGAGUUCUGAUGAAAUUGUACAACAGGGAAAUAACCCAUUUUCAAAAAUCCUCCAUCAAGAUUGUAAAUGCAAGCUGGAACUUGCGCGUCUGAUUCGGCUGAUCCAGAUGCAGUUAGUCGUGUCUUUUGGCUGAAAUUGUGUCGUCAGGUGCCAGAUGGAACCGUGCUGCUUUGCAGCCAUCAGAAGAGAGAGAAAGUAAUCUCCCAUUUCAGUCCCUAAAGACAAGAAUUAAAGUCGCGCCUUCGAUUAAUUGCAUGCAAAUGAUUUAAACUUUUUAAUGUGAACCAAUAUGACAUGAACUUUUAUUUAUUUAUUUUGUUGGUCCAUAAGCUAUUUUUCCUUUGCCUACACUGGAGGACUUCUCUCACCUUUGACCUUUGAGAAGGCUCGCCUCGAUUGCUGAUUGAAAUGAAUGUAAAACGUCCAUUUUGCUGAGCAGAUCAUGUAAAACAGAGACAGUCCGGCUUGCCGAGGGUCGGUUGGUUUGUUUCCCAUAUUUCACAACAGCAAAAAUAAACCCGAACUCUCCCGGUCGGACCGCCUUAAGACCACUGGAAGGAGCUGCUCACACUGACUGACAUCCACCACAGCCAGCAUGCAAGUCUGGAAAACGGCUCCAGUUUUUUUUUCUUAGUUUACCACAAUCUUCUUGGUUCAUUUAAGUGUCCUCUGUCUUAAUGCUGCAUGUGCUGCAAGCUACUAGUGUGUGUGUGUGUGUGUGUGUGUGUGUGUGUGUGUGUGUGUGUGUGUGUGUGUGUGUGUGUGUGUGUGGAAGUUGGAGCGUAUAUGAGGCAGCUGAGUCUGUCCAUGUGAGAUCUGAAUGUGUUUUCAACAAUACUGAUGA